UCCGAACACUGAUACACUGAAUUGUUUGUUGCGGGCGUUGUUGGAUGCGGGUCGGGUCGAUGCAACUUUGGAUCAUUAUAGAAGAAUGGAGAGGAAAGGGUGUAAACCUAACAGUAGAACUUUUGAGAUCAUUAUAAGUGGACUUAUAUCUAGGGAUAGAUUUGGGGAAUCACUUGUGGUUUUGGAUGAAAUGUUUAGUUCCAGGUGCGAACCAAAUCUGAGUUUUUAUGCUUCCAUACUGCCCAUAUUUUGUGAAAUGAAUGAGUUAGAGGUGGGAAUGAGGUUGUUUGGAAUGAUGAGAUCUUCAAAGAUUUCUCCAAGUGCAUCAAUGUAUGGGUCUAUGGUACAAUGCCUGUGCAAGAAUCUUCUCGCGGACGAAGCUUUAGAACUAGUUGAAGAGAUGAUUGGUAGUCAUCUCAUUCCAGAUGAGUCUGUGUUCACUAGUGCAAUUGAUGUGUUGUGUAAAACCCACAGAUUGGGAGCGGCUAGGAAGUUAUUGGAAGAUUAUAAGGUUUUCACUGUUUCUCCUUAUAAUCUUCUUCUCCGGGCAUAUUUCCAAGCAGGUAAAUUUCGUGCUGCGCGAGACCUGUUUGAUGAAAUGUUCAAGAGAGAUGUAACAGAUGUUGGGUCAUGGAAUAUCCUCAUUAGACACUUUUGCGAGAAUGAACAGAUGGAUGAUGCUCUCAAGUAUCUAUGCAAGAUGAUCAUUUUGUCGGUUGAUCCAAACGCUGAUACUUUUUCUGCCCUUAUCAUAGGCAAAUGCUUAUCGGACGAAUGCGAAGAAGCCCUAACAUUGUUCCAUAAAGUUUGGGACAAAUCAUGGAUUCUUGACGAUCUUUCAUAUGGUAAACUGAUCGAUUGUCUAUGCCGAGGGAAAAGGUAUGAAGAAGCUGCAGAAGUGUUCUCCCUAAUGUCUAGCAAAAGCCUUCCUCUCAACUCUGCAUCAUUUGAGAUGCUUAUCAAGGGCAUUUGUGGAAACAAAGUGCCAAUUCUUCAUGGCCUCUCUAAAAGCAAUAACGUGGACGAAUCGUCUGUUUACAACACUUUGAUCAACACCCUUUGGAGAGGAGGGUACAUAGUAGAGGCCACUAAAUUGCUGGAGUCGGUAGGUUUUUCAUCGGAUUCUUCGGGGAAGGGUACUCAUGCGGUGUUAAUGGGGUCUUUUGUGGAAGAUGGAAAACCUACCGAAGAAUCCGAUGUCUGUGAGGACAGAGUUAGUAGCAUACUUGCUGAGGGGUUAGCAGAUUGUGAUUAACCAUUUUAAAGAUCAAAUAAACCUAACUGAUAUAUGACAUUUUUUGAGAGCUUUGGUUUUGAACACUGUCUGAGAUUGUGAAUUUAGCUGCCAAAUGUGAUUGUGAGUUGUGUUCUAUAUGGGCUGUUUGGAGUUGCGUUCGAAAACGGUUUUUGAGUUUUUGAUUCAUCAAAAUACAGCUCAACGUGUUUGACAAUUCGUUUCUGCUUAUAGUUUAUGGGUUCAGAAGUGUAAAAUGAACUUCUGAAAUGAAAUGCUUUUUCAGCAGAGCUAAGAAUAAAUACUUUCGGUUUCU